AUGGAGUUACAUCGAGGCGUUAAGACACAAUCAAAGGCUAAUGAAUUCGGUGUAACCCAAAGUUCAAAAGGAAGAAAGAGAAGGAAAACAAAAGUUAACGAAGAAGAUGAAUGGGGGAAGAGAAAAGGUGAGAAAACAGAUCGUACUGCUUACUUCAAAAGCAUUGACAAGCUCGCAUCAAAGCGGGGUCGAACAAAAAUGGACGACAAUCAAGCCGAUUAUGUUACCAACAAAUACAGUGACUCGGAAGACACAACAACGAUUUCAUCGAAAGAGAAAUCAAAAUUAUCUUCUGAACAGUCGGAUGAUGAUAUUUCAUCAAAUGAAUCAAUUCAAUCAACUAGAAGCUCUUCUUCGUCAUUGGCAUCUACAACGAACUCAAGGGUAAGUAAUGAAUAUCAUAUUGAUAUUCCAAUGAAUUUAGGUAAGCCGACGGUCGACGAUGAUGAAGAAAGUGAAGCUUCAAUUGAAUCCGAUUUAGACACGAACACAGUCGCUUCUAACACAAAUAUUGCAUCUCCUGUAAAUUAUGAGCAAAAAAGAACAACUGAUCAAUCAUCAAACAAACCACAUGCUCAAUUUUCAUCACAGCCAGAAGUAAUCAUCAAUGGGUGUACAAUACGAUGGCCCAAAUUUCAAGUAAACAAUGUUACUUUCGAAGGUCGUUUAUAUUCACUCCGACUAACAUGCCCACUAGAUGCACCAUUGUUGGCUUUAUAUUUUCUUUAUAAAACCGAUAACAAGGUUGCCAGCGAAUUCGACGAUGCACCAGCAUCAUCACCAUAUUCAACACUUGUGAAAACAUUUCAACUUGUGGAAAAAGAUGGAUGGGAUACUGCUCGAAUAUACUGGUUAUUAGCAUUCAAUAUUCUCAAACAAACUGAUUGCAAACCAAAAAACUUGUUCGGUUCACUUGAUGAAAGAGUUUUCUCUUUUCUCAAACGACAACAACAGUAUUCAACCACAGUUACAUGUUCAAGACUUGAUUGCACAGACAAAGAACGUAUUUUGUCAACAACUGAAUUAGGGAUACGUUCUUGUGAUGUUUAUAUUGAAAAUUUUGAAGAAGAAGUGAUCUCUGUAUGUCAAGCAAUGAUGAAGGGGCAGCAUGAAAUGACAGAAGCUGAUGCACUUAAAAACAAAUAUAAAUAUGGCAGUGUGCCGAUGAUCAAUUGUGAAACGAACGAAAGUGGAUAUAUAAAAGGCUGGCUAUGUGAUGCUUUCAAUGUUCAAGAACCAGCCACAUUUGAUCAUGGUUAUCCACCAAUUAUUAUAGCAAACAUUCCACCAGUAAUUAGAAAUACUAUAGAAGGUUAUGAUAUUUAUCCUGGCCGCUUUCGUAAUAUGAAACGUAUCAUACGAAUAGGACAUGUAAAGUAUCGAUUACGUGUCCUUAUGCACAACAAGAACGAUCAUUUCACCGCCACGUUAAUUGGCUCCGACGACAAAUUAUACAUUUACGACGAUCACUCAGGUAUACGUGAAGUUCGAAGCUCAACUGGUGACAUUGAAAUGCCCAUUUAUACUCAAAUAUAUGAUGUUUGA